GUGAAGGUAAAGUUGUCGGAAUACCUAAGUUAAUGACUUGUUAAAGUAGAAAACGGUGUUCGAUAGUUUCCCAUUUGUAAAGGUAAACAAACAACCUUCGAGGGCUUCGUCAUCAGGUCUUGUGAGCUUCUAACUCGGUCAGCUAAAGUCUCCCUGCUUGGGAUUUUAAAUGGAAACAAGUUUAAUUUGGCCAUGAAUUGUCGCUCGGAAGUCCUUGAGGUAACCGUGGAAGCUCGGCAGGUGGAGGAAGCGAUGCUGGCUUUGUUGCACACCAUUUUACUGCACCGCAGCACGGGCAAGUUUCACUACAAAAAGGAGGGCACGUACUCCAUCGGCACCGUGGGCACCCAGGACAUCGACUGCGAUUUCAUCGAGUUCACCUUCGUCAGGGUGUCUUCUGAGGAACUGGACAGGGUUAUCAGGAAGACUGUGUCUGAAUUCAAGGAUGCUUUGAGCAACUCGGGCAGUGACGGCAUGGGGCAGAUCUCCCUGGAGUUCUACCAAAAGAAGAAGUCUCGCUGGCCCUUCUCUGACGAGUGCAUCCCCUGGGAGGUGUGGAGCAUCAAAGUCAAUGUUGUCAACCUCGCCAAUGAGCAGGAGAGACAGAUCUGCAGGGAGAAAGUCGGAGAGAAGCUCGGCGAGAAGGUGAUCAACGUUGUCGAGGUCAUAAACCGUCACGAAUACCUGCCAAAGAUGCCCACCCAGUCUGAAGUGGACAAUGUUUUUGACACCAGUCUUAAAGAUGUCCAGCCCUACCUUUACAAGAUCACCUACCAGAUCACUGACUCACUGGGCACAUCUGUAAGCACCACCAUGAGGAGGCUGAUAAAAGACACUCUGGCACUGUAAGGAUCCUUUGGGACAGCGUAAAGUUCUGAAGCUUAGUUUGUCAGUGUGCCCACUUUCUGAUUUCUGCUGUGAUUCCAUAUCCUAUUUUCUUUUUUCAAAUUUGUGUACAUUUUCUUAAGAAUAUGUUAUUUAUCCAAAAUAGAGUUUGUCAUUCAUUAAAUAGAAAUAACGCUACACUGGUUUGAUUCAUCAAAACAUUAUGUCGCUUAUCUGUAAAUAAAAAUGCAAUCAUGUAAAUUAUCAACUGUUUGGACAAUAAAGGUUUUUCUCUGUUACCAUGA